AUGACCGACAUCGAUCAGGCACAGCAGGACAGCGCCGGCGAGGAAAAUGUCUUCCUCGAGGCCAUUCGGGCCCUGCAGCACGAGGGUACGCGCGCAGAGGUUGCGGAGGGGUUUCGCGAGACGGGGAAUGAACUGGCCCGGGAGAAGAAGUGGAGCGACGCGCGGGAGUUUUAUGGGAAGUCGUUGGCGACGAUAAGGGAUGUGGAGGAGGGAAAGUGGGAGGAGAGUGUAGAUGUGGAGGGGGAUAAGAGGAGGAUCAGGGAUACGGAGGAGAAAGUGUUGGUGAACAGGGCUCUAUGUAAUUUGGAAAUGAGGAAUUAUCGCUCCUGUAUCCUCGACUGCGCAGCAACGUUAAAGCUUAACCCCCAAAACGUAAAGGCCUACUAUCGCUCGGCCCGCGCCCUCCUCGCACUUGAUAAAAUCCCCGAGGCUCAAGAUGCGGCCGAUCGCGGCCUUGCUCUUGACCCCACGAACAGGUCCCUCCUCCUGACUACCCAGCAAAUCUCCGCUCGUAAAGCCAUCCUCGAUGCUCUCGCCGCCAAAAAGCUUGCCGAAACCGAGCGGGCGCAACGCAUCAAACUCACAUUAACCACAGCCCUGCGCGCCAGGGGGAUUAAGGUCCGCGAGACAAAACAGCCACCAGAUUUGGAGGACGCGACGAUGCAUCUCUCACCAGACCCAUUAUCCCCAACGAGCACGCUCGUCCUGCCAUGUGUGCUGCUAUAUCCCAUGCACGCGCAGAGUGAUUUCAUAAAGCAAUUUGACGAGACACAGUGUUUACGCGACCAUUUGGAGUACAUUUUCCCGCUACCUUGGGAUAACGAAGGAGAAUAUGAUGUUGACACGGUAGAUUGCUUCAUGGAGACAAUAAAUGGCGGGUUGAUUCGGGUUGGGAAGAAGGUGAGUCUGUUGGGCGUGUUGAAUGAGAGCGGAGGAAAAGUAGAAAUCGUGGACGGGUUGGUCAAAAUCAAUGUUGUCCCCGUAGGGAAGAGUAGGAAGUGGAUCGAGGAGGUCAAGGCGAGAAGGACACCUGGUUGA